GGUGGUCGUGACAUCGCUCAUCAACAGGGGCAGUUCCACGAUUUCGGACGUACAUUUCGGACACUCUUCAGCAGAGGGCAUUUUCUCACGGUCGUGUGUCAUGCCUGUCCAGGUGCCAAGUCAGGUGUCUCGAGGGGCGGCUGCACGGCUGCUGCCACUGCUGCUGGGACUCUUCAUGUUCGGGGGCCCCGUGGUAGCCCUGGAUAAUGGAUUGGCGCUUACCCCUCCAAUGGGCUGGCUACACUGGGAGCGUUUCAUGUGCAACACGGACUGCCGCAGCGACCCGGACAACUGCAUCAGUGAGAAGCUGUUCAUGGAAAUGGCCGACAUAAUGGCGACGGAGGGCUGGUUGGACGCCGGCUACGAGUACGUGUGCAUCGACGACUGCUGGCCGGCAGCCAAGCGCGACGCUCGUGGCCGCCUGCAGGCCGAUCCCGAGCGAUUCCCGUCUGGCAUCAAGGCCCUGGCGGACUACGUCCACGCCCGCGGGCUCAAGCUCGGCAUCUACAGCGACGUGGGCCCCAACACGUGCGCCGGCUACCCCGCCAGCUACGGCUCCUACGAGGUGGACGCGCGCACCUUCGCCGAGUGGGGGGUCGACCUGCUCAAGUUCGACGGCUGCAACCUGCCGAACAUCAGCGUGCUCGUGGAGGGUUACAAGAACAUGUCGAUUGCUCUCAAUGCAACCGGGCGGCCCAUGGUCUACUCGUGCGAGUGGCCCCUCUACUCGUGGGGAGAGUACAUCAAGCCCAACUACACGCAGAUCCGCCGCUACUGUAACCAGUGGCGCAACUCGGCGGACGUGGAGGACUCGUGGCAGAGCGUGCGCAGCCUGGCCGACUGGGCCGCAAACCACCAGAGCCUCAUCGUCCCCGCCGCCGGGCCUGGUGGCUGGAACGACCCAGACAUGCUGGUGAUCGGGAACUACGGGCUGAGCCACAGCCAGCAGGUGACGCAGAUGGCGCUGUGGGCGAUCAUGGCGGCGCCGCUCAUCAUGUCCAAUGACCUGCGCAACCUCGACGGGUUCUCUCGCAACGUCCUGCUCAACCCGCAUGCUAUCGCCGUCAACCAGGACCCGCUGGGCCGGCAAGGCACGCUCGUGGCCAAGCUCAAGAACAACGUGGACAUGUGGCGGCGCGAGCUGGCGGCGGGCGGCCUGGCCGUGGUGCUCGUGAACCGCAACCAGAUUGGCGGGCCGGUGCUGGUGAGCGUGUCCCUGUCGGCCUGGGGGCCGCUGGGGGCGAGGGUGGCGCGGGCGUGCACUCCGCGGUGCGCCGUGCGGGUCGCGCUGCCGCCGGGCGACACGACGUUCCUGCGGUUGCAGGGCCAGACGGUGCGGGUGGCGGUGAACCCCACGGGUGCCGUGCUCUUCACCGUGCGUCCCCACGGCGGCCUGCCGCGGCCGUGGGUCGGCGUGCUCUAACACUGCGGUGGAGGCUGGAGGACGUCGGAGGUGGUGCGGUGGCAGCGGAGAUGCGGGGACUUUGUGAGGGGUUUUAGUUUUGGGGCAAUUUGUUCGACUCUGCCGGCAAUUUGCGACUCGCCGACGCCACGGCUGGAGGUCGCGGUCGUUGUCGGUGUUACGAGCGAAAUUAAACGGUUGCAUUUUUUGUGGGGUUAGUUCCACCGGAAAAGUCGGGGCUGUAGGAACUGGGUGGGACCACUGAUGUAGAAAGGGUGGGGCUAAUCGAAUAGGAAUAAGUUUUGCUGGCUGGCUGGCUGGCGUGCGGGCGGCGGGCAAGUGCGUGGCGGUGACGACAUCCGCAUCUCGCAUCGUUGAGCCAGGUCCGAUCGUGCGGACGUCACGCCUCCCCUCACCCACUCUCCACUCCGGCCAUAUAUCCCGCAAAAAUAAACUAAACUAUAGAAACGAAACAAUUUAACUCUAAACUAAAUGCACCAGUUUCAGAUGUCACUCGCCGGGAAUCGAACUCGGGUCACCGGGGUUCGGUACACUCAAGACCCAAACUGCGCCACUGUUCCACCCCAGCAGCGAUUAUCCCACGUGUUUAAUUCACGAACGUUUAACCAAAACGUGUGUGUAAUUAUAACCGAGCUGGGCAUGAUUAUAAUUGACCUGGGCUCAAUUAUAAUUGCGCCUGUGACCAAGCCACUCGGAAUGCACCGUAGCCUGGUUACUGUUCGGAUGAACGGCCACCCGUGCACAGCACAUCGCUGCUCGAGGCUGCGCGGGGACACGUGAUGUAGGUGUUAUUGUUUUUUAUGCACGUGCGCAUGAAUCAGUCACCAAAUUAACACUUUGGCCCCACCAUAGGAAUGUGGAAUUUUCACCUCCAGCUCAGGAUCUUUAAUCACCUUUCGUUAAGCGCAGGGAUCACUUUGCCUUAAAAUAGACGCGCGUGCGUGCGCGUGUCUGGAGACUUAAUGUACCUAGCCUGGCACAAGCGCCGUGGCGACAUCGCCGCCACUUAGUAGCGAAGGGCGGUUGUUGUUGCUGCGUACGAUGCGUUGCACGCUGUGCUGCUGUAUGAUACCGUGUACCGUGUGUAUACCUCAUGACAUGUAUGGUACGUGCUGCAUCGUGUAAAUACAGUCGCUGUCUUUGUGGA